AUGGAAGGGAAGGUUCAUUUAAUUUAACGAGGCUUGAUCGAUCGGGGAAAGGCCAUUUUCUUGAUUUAGAGAGGCAGAGUGAAGUGGUUGGGUUAUUAGGCAGAAAUUACUGUAAAACAGAGUGGUUGUGGUCGCGAUCCGUGAAUUGAAUUGUUCCCCCAAUCCCAUUAGGGUUCGAAAAUCAAAUCUAUUGACAGAAUCGAUCAGUUUGGAUGGCUGAGCACUUGGCAUCGAUAUUCGGGACAGAGAAGGACCGCGUGAACUGCCCCUUCUACUUCAAGAUCGGCGCGUGUAGGCACGGCGACCGGUGCUCGCGUCUGCACAACCGUCCAAGCAUUUCCCCAACGCUUCUCCUAUCGAACAUGUACCAACGCCCCGACAUGAUCACCCCCGGCGUGGACCCACAGGGACAACCCAUCGACCCUCGCAAGAUCCAACAACACUUCGAGGAUUUCUACGAAGACAUCUUCACAGAACUCGCCAAGUUCGGCGACAUCGAGAGCCUCAACGUCUGCGACAACCUCGCCGACCACAUGAUCGGCAACGUCUACGUCCAGUUCCGCGAAGAGGACCAAGCUGCCAAGGCUCUCCAAGCGCUCCAUGGAAGGUUCUACUCUGGCAGACCCAUCAUCGCUGAUUUCUCUCCCGUCACCGAUUUUCGUGAAGCCACGUGUCGUCAGUUUGAGGAGAAUAGCUGUAACCGCGGUGGCUAUUGUAAUUUCAUGCACGUUAAGCUCAUCGGAAGGGACCUUAGAAGGAGGCUCUUCGGUCGCCACCAGCGAGGGUACCGCGUGAGCCGAAGCCGGAGCCGAAGCCGAAGCGUGAGCCCGAGGCACAAGAGGGAGAGAAGAGAGAGGGAUUCUCGCGGAGGAAGGGGAAGUAGGGAGAGAGAGAGGGAUUUCAGGGAUAGGGAUGGUGGUGGAAGGAGGAGACAUGGGAGUCCUGUGAGGGAAGGGAGUGAGGAACGGAGAGCGAGGAUUGAGCAGUGGAAUCGAGAGAGAGAGGAGAGGCAUUGAUUUGAUGUUGUCCAUGUGCAUGUGCAGUGGCGUCAGCGGUAAUAAUGUUCAUGAACCCUAACGAUGUGUUUUGCUUACGGCUAGGUGCUAGGGGAAUUGGUUGUGCAGCUGGUGUUCUUGAGAUGUAGGAAUUGCAAUUCAAAGAUUAACGAAGUUGGGGUUUGAAUUGCCUCUUCACUCUAGGUAUAUAAAAGCAUGUUGCGAAGAAAUGUUUUUGAUGAGUCCAAGUGAUAAAUACUGUACAAAUAUGAGACAAUUAAGAUGGGCAACUUCUGGUUUUUUAUCAUGGGAUUUUUGCCACUUACUAUAUGGUGUUUGAGCACUCCAGAUUCUUAGGCUGACAUCAUGGCUUAGUCCUUGUAUUAAUUUAUGCUUACCCUACUUGUUUUAGGUAUGUUUGGUUGAGGGAUUUUUGAGGGAUAGGAUGUGUUGGACAUUUUUACUUUUAAAUGAAAACAGUUAUAUAAUACUUAUAAAAAU